AUGACUUCUUCUUCUUCUACCAAUAAUACCACAGAGUGGUUACAAUUUGAAGAUUCAUCUUCUUCCUCUUCUGAUGCGGAUCAAGACUUCUUACUUCAUUAUACAUACAAAUUUGUCCUGGGAGGGAAUUAUAUUGCCCCUAUUAAUAAGGAUAAUUUGAAGACAUGUUUGGAUAUCAAUUUUGGCAGUGGGUCUUGGAUGAUGGAAAUGGCUACUGAAUUUCCCGAGACAAUGUUUUAUGGUAUUGACCAUGACCCCAGGACUCCAGAUCUGGUGUAUCCACCCAACUGUAUUUUCCAACAGGGUCAGGGGGAUUUCUUGAUCUGGAGGCAGAUCCGGGAGGCUAGAGCCAUCGGUUUCGGUGACGCGUUGGUAACUCAAAUAGAAGACAUUUUUAGAGAAAAGGCGGAAAUCCAAAUUAACAAUUGUUAUGUCCCAAUUGGAAAAUGGGCUGGAUUUGCUGGAGAAUUUUUUUUCUCCGCUUUAAAACUCUUCGCUUUAGAGACCGCCUCUCUCACAUCUGAGAGAUUAAAUUUACGAACUGAGGAUGAUUAUAAAAACUUCGUAGAAAAAAUCGAAGAAGAGUGUGAACAAUAUAAACCCAGCAUAAAUAUUUACGUUGGUUACGCUCAAAAAUUAUAA